AUGCAUCUGCUCAGCGUACACUCACGCAGAUUAAAGCGGUUCGAAGGCACUGACGUUCCUUUGUAUGCCAUCCUUUCGCAUACCUGGGGGGCUGACGAAAUAAGUUUUCAGGACAUCGGGGUCUCGGGUGUCGAAAAAAGGUCGGGAUAUGAAAAAGUGAGGAAAACCUGCGAGAUCGCUGCUGCCGACGGAUUCGAUUAUGUCUGGAUCGACACCUGCUGUAUCGACAAAAAGAGUAGUGCAGAGCUGUCGGAAGCCAUUAAUUCCAUGUACCGCUGGUAUCAGGAGGCAGCUUUAUGCUAUGUCUAUCUUUGCGACUUCGGACCGAAUUCCGGAGCUUAUGAGAUAUACCCCCAAGAUCUUCGCGGUUGCAGAUGGUUCAAACGAGGCUGGACUCUCCAAGAGCUGAUUGCCCCUCCGAUCGUUAUAUUUCUAGACCAAAUGUGGCAUGAAAUCGGGACCAAGUGGACUCUCAGCAACAUGCUAACAAAGAUAACGCGUAUACCGGAAAGUAUCCUCCAAGGAGGAGAUCUUGGACUCGCUAGUGUGGCGCAGAGAAUGUCGUGGGCUUCUCAUCGGAAAACGACAAGGCUUGAGGAUCGUGCAUAUUCUCUGAUGGGUAUAUUUGGAGUGAAUAUGCCUCUGCUGUAUGGUGAAGGCGAAAAGGCGUUCAUCAGGCUUCAAGAAGAGAUCAUGAAAACAACCGGCGACUGCAGCAUUUUAGCAUGGUAUGAAGUUUCCAAUGACAGGGUUGCUGGAGCCCUCGCACCUUCACCAGAUUCAUUUGAUCGCUGUACCGACAUGGUCUUGGCUGCCCACGGCAUAAGCCCAUCUGACGUGAUUAUUGUGGAUGGGAAGGGAAUCCAUCUGAAGGCCUGGUACUGGGAACGGAAACAUCCCCAUUUCGACCAGUUGCUGGUCUUGCCUUGUGAACUCAAGUCGAAGACUGAUUGUGUGGCCUUGCGCGUGCGGCUGUUAUCGGAAAAGGAGGCAUACUUCGAAAGGGUUGAUGGUGGCUGGCAAUUUUUCCCGGCACCUUGGGAUACUUCAUUACGGAGGAAAUCAGUAUGCAUCCGACAGGGAUACCAUAGAACGAACUGCGGGUCAAACCUAUCUCGCGCUGCGGCGUACGGAAACGCGAAGGUGGUCCAGCUUCACCUUGACCAAGCCGCGGAUCCAAAUACCAGCUUCUAUCGAAACCGUACUGCGCUCGAGCAUGCCGCAAUGCGCGGUCACGAGGUCCUUGUCAGUAUGCUUCUGAGAGAGGGCGUCGACGCGGUGUUCGUGAAUGCCGAUGGAAAAACACCUAUCCACCACGCCAUUCGAGCUGGACACGAGGCUGUUGUGAGGAUGCUCAUCCAAAGGCUUCCCCACGUCGAUUACCGGUUCGAUAAAGGGAAGACACCUCUGAUGUUGGCUGUCGAACAAGGUCGUGAGAAGCUUGUCGACAUAUUGCUUGAGGAAGGUGCAGACCUGGAAGCGAAAGACGACGAUGCCGCGACGGCUCUGACAGUAGCUGUCGUGGAAGGGAACGGAAAGAUGGUGAGGCUCUUGCUUGAGAGAGGGGCAGACCUGGAAGCCACAACCCGAGAUGGGGAGACGCCUCUGGCAAUAGCUGCCCGUACUGGGAAUGAAGAAGUGGUAAGAGUAUUACUCGAGCACAGUGCAUAUCUGGAAGCCCAAAACAACUCACGGGACACUCCAUUGCUGCUCGCUAUUGAAAAUGGACAUGAAAAUGUAGUGGGGGUAUUGCUAGAAGCGGGCGCCGAUCAUACUGUCAGAGCGCGGGAUGGGCUUACUGCACUGGAUCUUGUGCGUGUAUCAUGCAACAAGGCUAUUGUGCAGGUUGUGGCGUCUUGCCCUACAGAACCGUCGGAGAGGACGCGACGACAAGAUUUAAAUGGGACGAUAAAGGACAGCGGAAAACAAGAUUUCAAUGGAGACGCAAAAACAGGACGCAUACGGAAGUCUUGUCAUGAUGGCUAUUGA